AGGGGCCGUCGGAAGAAUCGAUGAGCGAAUUCUGCCAUGCCCUGGAGCGAGGGCAAGCCACAAGACGAGUUGCUUCUUCAGGCCGAUCGUCCUUUUUCGAGCGUUUAAGGGGCCUGUCAGAUGCAUCCCCGUACAGCACCGUAAUGAGCCCGAGUGCAAGCGGUGUUGCACGCUGAGCUUGCGACCUGAAGGCUGGAUGGAUGAUGCUGCGUGCUGAUGACUGUCUAGGCCCUCGCUCCGGACAGACGCUUUGGGCUGCGGUCGGUGGGCAAUCUAGGGGCUUCUUUCUAGCAGCAGGAGCCGUGGUGGGGGCCUGCGGUGGAAGGUCCUGCACACAUUAUGGAUAUGGGGUCUUCGGCCGGUGCUCGCUGGCCCGUGGCGUGGGGAGCUGCUUAUGAUCGACGACUCGGUGUUCGUUGCCUGCUUCUCGAGGUGCUUUCCACUCGCCGCGCGUUCAUGUCCAAUCUGUUUGCCUGUGCCAGGUUCUUUCUGGGUUGUCAUGGACGGGUGGAUGCCUGACUCGAUUGGCUCCACCGUUUCCGUCGAAUGGAAAUCAGGGCAACGCUGAAAUCCGAAGAAUGCCGGAUGCUGCUCAAGUCCAUCUUCUUCCUCGGUGAAUGUUAUACUCGUGAUGAACUUAGAAGAGGCUAAUUGGACAAGGAGAUCUACAACGAACUUACCAUACAUGGUUGGGUAUCAAGCGGUUGGGGCUGUCACUGGAGAUACCAAUUAUUUCGGUCGAAGGAAAUCAGGCGAUGUCGGAGAACCUUUAACUCCGACUCUCUUUCUUGGUGGAGCAUCCUCUUCACGUUGUCACGAGGGAGCUGGAGUCAAAACAACGACAAUUUUAUCUACAGUAAUAUGUUGACGAUGCUUCAUCUCUGUAGCAGAUGGUGAUGAGGUGGAGAAACUGACCUUCACUAGCUUACGAUAGAGUCAAUUUUGACGUUUGAUGAAGGAAAUAUCAGGUCAUCAACAAUCUGCUUGGAUGGAUAUGCCCGUGGUUAUAACACCUUUGAGCUCCGCCAGAGCAGUUCAUACAAACUGUGUAGAAAUUGUCAGGUCACUGGUGGGUGAUAAGAUGAUGUCAAGCGGUUGACAUGUUUUAUUAGAGGGCUAUCAGAGCGGGAGUCAGACCCACCUGUGUGAUAUCUUCUCUCCAUUUCUUCUGGUGCAAUGACUUCUCCUCGAAAUUUUUGCAGUCCAAAAUGAAAGCUUGUACCGAUGGCUGUGCCGAAAGUGAAAGAAGCCAUUGUCAGCAGUUCUACAAGAGGGAACAGGUUGAUAUUUCCUCCUGGAUCUGUGAGAUCUGUUGUCAAGGUUUUGCUUGUCUUAUGUCUUGUUCUCCUCGCGGCUUUCGUGGUGGUGACGUAUCCGAUUUGGGGAGCAGGACAGAUCCCAAACUUGCUGUUGGGAGUGUCGUUUGGAAGUUGGCGGGAAGACGUCGCCCGACAACAGAAUUCCAAGGAGAUACAGGUUGAGGAGGUCGGAAAUAGUGGGCCAAAGAGGUCUUUGUUCAAUGAGAGUUUUCUUGCUUUUGCUGCCAUCGAUCCUGCUGAAGAAAACGAGAAACGGAAAAUCAGGAUGAUUUUAGAUGGGAAGGUGGAGGACAUGCAGAAUGCACAUAACAAGUGGAAUUACCAGAGGAGAAUGGAUCACUAUGUGGAUCUAGAUCAAAAUCGAAGGAGAGUAAGGCCACGGUAUGAGAGCUGGUUGCUUCAGCUGCAAAAUCCCAAAUUUGCUGGAAGUUGGUUCAAAUUCCGACAGUUGUUGCAAAGCUGGAGCCGGUACAAACAUUACGAUCCUCUUGUGAUGCACGAACUCAUGCAGUUGGUGAAGAAGCCUAUCGACCAGUUUUACUCAGACAGAAAUGGUGGGCCUGUGGAGGAAGGUAAACGAUAUAAGACUUGUGCAGUUGUCGGUAACAGUGGGAUUCUGCUUAACAGGACAUUUGGUGACUUCAUUGACAGUCAUGCUAUGGUGAUGCGCCUCAACAACGCCAAGUUGCUUGGCUUCGAGAAACACGUAGGCACCAAGACUACUUUGUCCUUCGUCAACAGCAAUAUCUAUCAUGCCUGCUCCAGGAGACUGAAGUGUUUCUGUCAUCCAUACGGUGAGGUACCAUUGCUGAUGUACCUUUGUCAAGUACAACAUAUGAUGGAUGUAGCCUAUUGUGCUUCCAGUCACAAGACACCGGUGCUGGUUACUGAUCCCAGGCUAGACAAUCUCUGCUCCAGGCUAGUCAAGUGGUACUCUGUCAAACGUUACGUCGAAGCCACAGGCCAUUCAGUGAAGUCGUGGAGUAAACACCAUAACCUCGGAGAUUUUCACUACUCGUCAGGCUUUCAAGCCAUCGUUCUCGCUUUGGGGAUAUGCGAUAAAAUCAAUAUUUUAGGCUUCGGCAAAUCGCCAGAUGCAAAACAUCACUACCAUACCAAUCAAAAGGGAGAGCUUGACUUGCAUGAUUAUGCGGCAGAGUAUGUUUUCUACGACGAUCUGGUGCACAACAGAACUUCUACAAUUCCAUUUUUCAGCGAGGUCCCAGAUUUUAAGUUCCCGUCGGUUGAUGUUUUCUUGUGAUUCAUAAGCUGAUCAAAAUUUGGCUACAUUAAACACUUUGGCUUGCACAGUGGUAUUGUUGUAAUGGUACGAGUAUCUUGAUUGCAGUAUCAGCUGUGGAGAAUGACCGCAUGGAGCGGCAAUCCAGGUUGAUACUAUGGUCAUACUUUUUUAUGGAAGUGUUGGAGCAUUUCCUCGUUUCACUCAUACUACCAAGAUGUCAAGGGUUCAGAAACCCAAGUGUACAUAUUUGAAAGCGAAGAGUUACAGUCGCGGCCAAUAGCGGUUCUAUCAUUACUUCAUUGCUCUGUACUAUGCUGAAAAAUCGUAAUUUCACUUUCAUUUAUAUCAUCAUGAUUUUGAUGGUAAUCU